AUGUCCCUAAAUAGUCGCUCUUUCAAUAUCCGCCUGCUCAGGAAUCCUAUUAUCAUUGAUAACGACGACAACGACGACAACAAUAAUAGCGAUCUGACGGCUCGAUCCAAUUACACCUUACCUCUGAUGACCAUCGACGACCUAGUAAUAAGAUGUAAGAAUACAGAUAAGGACACCGGUGGCGCUGCUCACACAACGAUCGCUACAUCCGGUCCGUUCUCUCCCGAAAUCCCCGAGAGCGAUAGUGCGGCCACGUGGGAUGAGGAGAUGCAAGGAGAUCCCACCACCAGCCCCUCUGGUAAACGAAGUCGCAGUCUGAGCGGAUCAGAGGACGAUGGCGAGACUGAGGGCGACGGCUCGCCGUCCUCGAAACGAGCCCGAUCUUCCCUUCGCCCGUCAGAAGUCACCGAAAAUCAACCGCGGCCCGCAUACGACGACCGAUCACCGCCGGGCGACCAGGAAUACGAGGUCCACCAGGUCGUCGGCGAGUGGGGAUCGGGAUAUGAAGUCACCGCCCUUACCAAGAUCUGGUUACCCAAGGCAUCGGUGCAUCCCAAGCUGGUGAGGAAGUACCGGGCGGAGCAGAGGGCGGCCACCCGGGUCCAGACGCGCCGGUCGUCUAGGCUGCAGAAUCGGGGAUAA